GGAAAAUCUUGGGGAAAAUGAACGCGAAUUUUGUAACACGCGCGUUUUGCAUUCAGUGUGUGUGUAAUUUUGCGGUGGUUGGCUUUGCAUGCUGCUCGUAUUUCACGACAGACGAACUGACAAGACAUCAGUAGAAUCUUUGCAAAUUGCUGACAUUUUCUAACCAGACAGAGAGCUGAAGUUAGACUUUAUGUUAGACGGAAUAAUUUAGACAAGGAAUGGAAAAAGAAUGGACCACUCUUACGAGAAAGGUAAAGGGUUAAGACGAAGCAGGCGUGGAACAGAUGAUGUGUCUGACAGUUACAGUGGUGUGGAGAGAGUGAGAGACUGGGAUAGGGGGAGAAACAAGCAUGAUGGUGAUUGCAGCCGAAGAUCAAAUUCACCAGGACUAAGGGUUCCAAGAUAUUCCCAUCAUGGAGAUGAAAUGUCUAGAAGCAGAAGUGUAAGUGAGGACAGCUAUCAUCACUGUCAUAGUGAUGGCAGUGGAGGGCCGAAGGCUCGGAAACAAAAGAUAAAGAUCCUUCAGAGACCAAGGCAUUCUUCCAGUCAGAGAUACAGAUCGGAUCGGGAUAUGAAUUCUGGGUUUAGGGGAUCAUCUCCAGAUGUAGUAGACCUUGAUGAUGUUGGAUCGAGUAGCAGUCAGGAGGUGUCUGGGGCAUCGUCCAGUCAGUACAUGACUGCAGGACAAGACCCAAGCCCUCCAAACACCAUGGAUGGUGAGAGACAAUAUGAAGCAGAGAAGUGUCCAAAGAAUGUUGGUGAAGUGCUGAAGCCGGAAGUCAGCGGUGAUGCCACUUGUGCUCCGAAUCCACUCCAUGGAGGACUUCCUCAUUUGGCUAACCUAGCAGGACUGCAAGCAACAGCAGCCAUUGAUGCAAGUUUAUCUUCGAGUAUUCAGCUUCUUCAGUAUUACCAACAGCAGCAGAUACUAGCAGCACAUUUAGGACUUACAGGUCUUGGACAGGCUGGUUUGUUCCCUAGCCUACCCCUUGCUCCACCAUUACCAUUGACAAUGCCUUGUGCAAAUUCCCUUCACACCCCUUUCCUCCCAUGCUCUUGUGUAACUUGCCAAUCAGCCGUGCUAGGCCAAGAUUUGAACCGACUGCUGCCUCAAUAUGGUCAAACUGGACAAUAUGCACCACACAUGCCUUCAUUGCCAGUGCCUCACCAACCGGGGUCAGCUCCACCACAAGGCCAGGAUGUCCAAGCACUACUCAGACUUCUACACCAGAAUGAUGGACAUGACGUCCAAGCAACUGUGCCGCAAAGCUGUCAAGAGUGUGCUUAUGAGCCAGAGUGCAAUACUGCCACAUGCCAUGCCCCUCAUGCCAAUAAGCAGCCACCACUACCACCACCACCACCGCCAGAAACGCCAUCACCGCAUCAGUCUUCCAAUCCUCCAGUUGGUCAGCAACCACCUCCUGUCCAGUUAUACCAGGGUAUGCCGGGUAGUCCUUUCAGACAGACCGGAGGGUUGCCACCAGGUUCAGGAGUUGGUAGCAACAUUACACCCCUGAGGCAAGCCCUUACUGGAACCUUAUGCAGUAGUCCUAUGCAUUCACUGAUUACUCAGCUGAAUGAAAGUGGUCUCUCAACAGUCAGUGCCAUCCAAUUCCAGAGUCCUGACAAGCUCAACUCUUCCAAAGCCGAGGAGAAUCCCCCUAUUGGAGUCUUCUGGGACAUCGAGAAUUGCGCCGUACCAAGAGGAAAGUCUGCUAUGGCUGUUGUUCAACGGAUCAGAGAUCAGCUCUUUGCAGGACAUCGGGAGGCAGAGUUCAUGUGUGUCUGUGAUAUCAACAAGGAGAGUAGCACCAUCAUACAGGAACUUAAUGAUUCACAGGUGACUGUUGCUCACAUCAAUGCUACUGCAAAGAAUGCAGCUGAUGAUAAGCUCAGACAGAGUCUAAGAAGGUUUGCUGACACCCACAGUUCACCGGCAACUGUUGUACUCAUUUCAGGUGAUAUCAACUUUGCUCAGGACCUUUCUGAUCUGAGGCACAGGAAUGGACUAAAUGUGGUCCUGAUCCAUGGAUUCGCUGCCUCUGAGGCACUCAAGAACUGUGCCAACAAGGCUUACAGAUAUGAUGAGCUCCUAGCGGACCUUCCCUUUAGGUCACCAGCAAAGAGUGUUAGUGAAAGCUCAGAGUUGGUAGUUCACAAUCUUCCAGUGUGGAAGGAUCAAAGUAUCAUCAGGACGCGGCUAAAACAGCUAUCAGACAACUGUGGUGGCAAAGUUGGCAACAUUGUCAACAGUACAGCAUUUAUCAAGUUUCCAAGCCAUGAGAUAGCAUGCAGGGCUAAGAAGAGACUGGAAAAAGAGAGUGUGUAUGGGAACGUCAUCACCACGUCGUUCUGCCGCAUCAAUCGAUCUGGUUAUGGUAGUCCGAGGUAUGGAAGGAAUAAUGUGAGACGAGACAGUGAUAGUUAUCAUGAUAAGAGCUGGAGAGAUAACCAGGAAGAAGUCUCUAGUCAUGAUUCAAGUAGUAGUCAAGGAACCAAUGAGAACCAGAAGGUGGAGCCAAGCAUUCCAAAUAUCAAGCCAUUCACCGGCCCCGCCCCCAAACCAAUCCCCGUCUCGGUCGCCGAGCAACGGGAUUGCACAAGCCCUCUUGGUGCAGGAAAGACAGACAUGAAAGUCAGCAGUGGUCUUGCAGCAGCAUUCCGUCCUAUCCAACCCACCUCUGCUCCACCACCUGCCCCACCCCGUCACACCCCGACUCCGCCCAACUGUGAAGGCAUCAACUUGGUCAUGGACGGAGCAGCAAUGAGGCAGUACCCCACCCAAAGUCAGCAUGGUCCCGACCCUUCGAACAAGGCGUGGUCCGAAUGGAAACCUCUCAUCCCUACUCCGCCGCCUCCCUUGGAUCCUCCCGGUCCCUAUGAUGCCUUCCGACCGAUCCCGUCGGUCCAGAGGAUGGCAGGGGCACCUGGAUCUCACUUACAUCUCAGGAAAGAUGGCACACCCGGUAACCCAUACCUCAAGGGGUCAUAUAGAGCCCCAUCCCCCUUGAUGGUUACCAGUAAGCUCAAACCCAGCUGGCAGCAGCAACAGCAGCUUCAGGGAGGGGGAUCCAUGGGGUCAGUGCCGGGGGUCAAACCCUGGACACCCAUGCCAGGCAUCGAUCUCCUUAUCACCAAUCUGGAUUGUCAGAUCACACGUAAAGAGCUAAAGCGCCAUCUAGUGGCAGCCAUCAGUGAGCAUUGCAAGGUCCUUCAUGUGUUCCUGGCAGCUCCUGCUCAAGGAUAUUUCCAGGCUGUGGUCAGGGUACCGUGUAUGGGUGAUGCCAUUGGAGUCCUAGCCAAUGUCAACCGUCGUCAGAUUGGUUCUAGGUUGGUCCAUAUAUCUAUCAUGCCUCCCGGUGAUUCUAAUGCUGAUAGACUCAGGAUGAUGAUUAUUCAGAUGCUACAAGAAAUUCCUGGAAUGAGCAUGCCACUCUACAAGCUCAGGCAAGCCUUUGAAAACAAGUACCAGCAGCAGCUCCAUGUUAGUGACCUGUAUCAAAUUCCUGAUACAGUCACUAUGCAGGAGACUCAUGGUGGGAAGCUGGUCUGCCUGACAGCACUCAGCGCAUCUAACUCACCAGUACCAGGCAGCUAUAACUCUCCCAUCGGCUGGCAGUCACCAUCCAUCCCUUUCAUACCACAGAGAGAGCCGAGUCCCGAGCCGUCAGAACGUUUCUGCAGCCAGCAUGACCCGGAAGGUCAGAGCCAAUAUAGAUUGCUUGAUACUGAUCUCUGUGUGAUGGUAUCCUAUCAGGUGUUUACUGCUCAGGUCACGACACUGCUAAACAUACACCAUGGUUCACUUUCUCUCCUUAGCUUCCCACUGUGCUACAAGGCAGAGUUCAAUGACCUUGAUGAGGAUUUUGAGAAGGGGAUUCCCCUAGAGCACCUGUUGAAUUCAGUCCCUGGUGUCAGGGUAGCAUUCUGUAGAGAGGGAUUCAAGGUGGUCUGCUGGAGCCAACAGAAAGAGGACAUCAUCCCUGAUGAUGGCCAACAGAUUUUCCCUUCCGUGUUCGGGCGGACCACGCCCCUCCUUCCACCGGCCUUGUUCCAGUUCAGCAAGGAGGUGGUGGAGCUCCUAAAGCAUUCAACAAAGUGCCGUCUCCCAUUCACUCGCUUUGUCCCAGCAUACCAUCAUCACUUUGGAAGGCAGGUUCGGGUGGCAGACUAUGGCUAUCUCAAGCUCAUUGAGCUCUUUGAGGCAAUCUCACAUGUCCUGGAGAUCCUUGGUGCUACUGAGAACAAGACCCUGACCUUGACCCAUCGUGCUCAGGUCAAGAGGUUUGGACAAGAUCUUCUCAAAGUCCUCAAGUCACAAGCCAGUAAAAAGGUGACUAUUUGUGACUUUGCUCCUGCGUUCCAGAGGUGUCUAGGUCGUCCAUGGGACACGGCUGAUUACGGUGUCUGUGACAUCCAGGAUUUACUCUUUGACCUACCAGAGAACUGGGUUACUAUUGAGUGGGAUGGUGAUAAUACAGUGAUAUCAAUCCCAAAGAGAGAGCAAACAGAGGAGGAGCGAAUACGGACAAAGAAGUUCACGAGGGAGAUCGUUGACCUCCUGAGUCGUCAACAUCGAUCUCGUAUCACAUUCUCCAAGUUCAUCCCUGCCUACCAUCAUCAUUUUGGCAGGCAAUGUCGAGUUGGGGAGUAUGGAUUCAACAAGUUGGCUGAACUGUUGGGGGCACUGCCAGAGGUGGUACAGAUUGAGGAGUUUGGUGACGAGCGCAGUGUCCAGCUGACCGAGCCUGAACGCCUUGCAGUCAUGGCCCGUCGUAUCUGUCAGCUCGUACCAAGGAACCGUCAGCAUUCCCUAGCCCUCCAUGCCUUGCUACCUGCAUACUGUAAGGUCUUUGGCCAUCCUGUAUGUCUUGAGGACUAUGGUGUCCAUGAUCUAGAAUCCCUGGUCCGCAGGUUCUGUCACAUUGUAGAGAUCGUCACCGAAGAUGAUGACAAGCGUCUGCGAUCGGUAGAGCGCCAGCACCUGAGUGACCUGACCCAACGGAUCCUGGUGGUUCUCCUGGAGGAGCCUCAUGGGAGUGCAUCGGUGGAGAAGGUGGCAGAGCUCCACAAGAAGCUGUGGGGAGAGGAGCUGAUUGCGACCGAGUAUGGGUACAGUAGUGUGACGUUCCUGCUCAAGGCUGUACAUCAUGUGGUUAUGGUGAAGGACGAAUGGUCCGAUGACCCCCACGCCGAGCUGACCCCUACCUACCAGUUUGCCCGUAGCGCCCGAGAGGUCCUGCUCUCUGUGCCCAACCUGACGUUGACCCUCCAAGCCUUCAUGUCUCGCUACCACACCAUCCAUCACUGUGAGCUCCAACCCCAUGACUUUGGCCAGACUACUGUCUCCUCUCUCAUCUCUUCUGUACCAAGGGUGCUGACUCUGGUUGGGCGUGGCGCUAAGAGGGCUAUUACCCUCAAUCCUUGCUGUGUUGCAUCCAAUAACAUGCAAGGUUACCCAGAUCACUCUUUUACCUCGGAGCACAAUAAAACAUCUCCCAGUGAUUGUACAGCACCAAGUUCAACAACGAGUGAAAAGGAAAGUGGAAAGACAUCCUCAAGUAAUUCUACCUCAGAGUCUGAUGGAGCCAAGGGAUCCAGCCCUCCUGCCGAGUCUGCUCCAUGUGAUCUCCUAUCUGGUGGAGCAGUGGCUCCUGCUGACCAAGCUCCUUACCUGGAGCCCACCCUCGCUGAGGCUCCUCUUCCUCCGCCAGCUCCCAAGGAUCUCAUCAGCUUCAACAGCCCUAAGUUUUCUCCAUGUAAAGAUGUCCAGAGUGCAUCUGGUGACCAGGAGAAGAUAGAACACAUCGAUCUCAUGAGCCUUAUUCAUCUUCUACCAAACCAAACCCGCUUCAGCGUAAGCCAGCUACCUCCAGACCUCUGCGCCCCUCUACCGGGCCACGCCCUUCAGUCGGGACCAGCCUCCGUACCCCACUCAGCCUCCACCUCCUUCUGCGUGGAUCAGGGUGGUGAUGACGGCGAGGUACCCCACCAUCUUCAGCGCCAGGCGUGCUCUCUGCCAUCAUCUGCUGCUUCGUCACCGAGGCGUGACAUCUUGAGGGGACGUACCCGCUUCCGCCUUGCUGCAAACUUCUCAUUGGGUUUCCAUGAGGAUCCAUAAAGCAUCAGAGCUUCUGUGGUUUCGUGUAACAUACAUUUUGCUUCCAACUCUUGUCUGCAUGAAGCAAUACCAACUGUUAAUAGAAAUGAAUGAUAAUUGUCUUAAUACAUGUUUUAUAUUAAUUUGUUUUUUACUCAGUGACCCUCCAGUAUUCAGUAUUAUUAGGACUGUGGUUUGUUAUGUUGGCAUGAAGGUUUGAUGUCACAGUUAAAAUGCAGUGACUCUUUAGGCAUCGUUUCACAACCCUCCCAAGGUCAUAUUUGCUGUCAUUCCACUGAAAUGCCUGUUAUCUAUACUUAUGACAGCAUUGAAUGGAGUGUUUGUAAUCUUGUCCUUGUGACGAUUAUGUGACUCCUUGCCAUAUUGUACAUAAACGUGUAAGUGAUAUUUUUAUCAUGUGUACAGUCAGUCGUAAUUUUGUUGAUAAUUCAUUUUACUGCAGUACUUCCAACUCAGGUGCAACAU